AUGACUGAAAGCGAUUCUAUAGCUUAUGUAGAAAUAGUAGAAGCAGACAUUGACGAUCCAAUUCUCGUUGAAAACUAUAGACAUGAUGAUCUUAGCCUUAAAGAAGGCUAUGAAAUUGAUAGAUUUAUCGAGCCUCCUAGAAAAGAUUUUUUAUGCCCAGUUUGCCUUGGAGUUGUUAGAAAUCCUCUUGAGUGUGUUCAAUGUGGGAGUUUGCUUUGCAAAAAGUGUUUCCUCGAGAUUAUUAGCUCAUCCCAUGCAUAUAGGACCGAAUUGAGGCAAGUUCAAUAUUGUAAAAUUAAUACAUAUUUUGAAAAUAAAAUCAAUCUUGCUAUAUAAUCUUAGUUUUAUAUUUACUUAAAAAAAUAUAAAUUCUCAUCUAAGAUUGAUCAGAACGCCAAUAGUGACUUGCCCAAUUUGUAGAUCAUUAGCAGUACCAAGAGAGCCAAGCAUCUUGCUCCUUAAGUAUAUUAAUAAUUUACAAAUAGCAUGCAAAAAUAAAAAUCAAGGCUGCGGAGAAAUCUGCUGCCUUGCAAAUAUAAAAGAGCAUCAAAAGACUUGCCAAUUCUCCACAGUCAGUUGUGCAAAUCAGCAAUUUUGCAAUAAAAGAGGGACUAAGAACGAAUUUAUUACUGUCAAUUUUCCAAAGCCAAGGAUUAAUAGCUAUUUCAACGAUUCGAGAAUUAGAAAGGGCAAGCUAGUUUGCAGCGAAAUCUGCAAAAGAGUAAUGAUAAUGAAAAAUGCUCUUGAUUCAGGGCAAAUCAAUGAGCCAAGAGCUAUGCAUCAUGAUGCCAUUAAAGAGUUAUUAUCAUUAAGCUAG